GGUUGCUGUGGUCUUUUGGUUUCAUAAUCAUAACACGCAGUGCGAAGGAAGCGGGUUUUAAAAGAAAAGGAGCCGCAAAUAUUUCACAUAAAAAUGAACGCACUCACCAAAUUAUCCGGCUUCCGUGGUACUCUAACCGCCGGAAUUCGAACAAUCAGUACGGGAUUGCCUCGAUUCGACGUUUUCAAAAUUCAGAGCCCCCAGGAAUUUGACGAGAAAGUGAAAAAUAGCAAGGAUCCGAUCAUUGUAGACUUUUUUGCGACAUGGUGCGGUCCCUGCCGAAUGUUGACCCCGCGAAUUGAAACUAUUAUCGGUGAGCAGAAGGGUAAAGUGAAACUGGCCAAGGUCGAUAUCGACGAGCACAGUGACUUGGCAUUAGACUAUGAGGUAGCUUCAGUGCCAGUUCUGUUGGCAAUCCGCAACGGAAAGGUUGAGCAGCGCCUGGUAGGUCUGCAGGACACGGACAAACUACGAAACUGGGUCGAGAAGGUGGUAAACGAAAAGAAAUAAUCUAAAACCACCAGGCAUUUAGUUGACUAGCUAUUACCCAGUGAUAAUCGGUUGAUGAGGAUGUAAUCUAACAGCAUCAAUUAUUGUUGUAAUACGAAGAAAAAAUAAAUUUAUAUAUGUAUAA